AUGCACAUUUCAGGAAAAUUUCCCAAAAAUGGCUAUCUCAGCUAUGUAUUUCUCUGCUUGGCCUUCGCCCUGGCGGAAGAAAUGGAUAAUACCUUCACAGACCAAUCUGCACUUCUUGUCCUAAAAUCCCAAAUCACCUCAGACCCUUUCAACAUUAUAUCCACCAACUGGUCUGAAUCUGAUCAUCGUCGUCAUCCUAAUUCUACUACGACAGUCUGCAGCUGGGUUGGAGUCACCUGCAGGCGAAGAAGAGUCACUGCUUUGGACUUAUCCGGAAUGAACCUCACAGGAAACCUCGUCCCCCACCUCGGAAACCUUUCGCAUCUAAUUGUACUGAAUUUGAGCAGCAACAACUUCCAUGGCGCACUCCCCGAUGAGCUCUCCCUGCUCCGGCAAAUCGUAGCCGUUGAUCUCAACUUCAACAGCAUCAACGGUGGAAUCGCAUCCUGGUUCGGUUCCUUCCCUCGAAUCGAAUUUCUGCAUCUAAGGAACAACAGCUUUUCUGGUGCGAUCCCAUCGUCACUGGGAAACGCAUCAAGACUUCAAUUCUUGGACCUGUCGAACAAUCCGUUGAUCAGCGGAGAGAUUCCUCAGAAUCUGGGGAAUCUUCGAAACCUCAACUACCUGGCAUUGCAGUAUAAUCGGCUUUCUGGUUCGAUACCCUCUUCGAUUUUUAAUAUCUCAACGUUGAAAACCCUCGGUUUUACAGGCAAUUAUAUUCUGUCGGGAAAACUUCCGUAUGAUCUUUGUCAGGGGCUCCCAAGACUCGAAAAUUUUUACUUGUCUUUAAACUCCAUGAAUGGAGAAAUUCCUGGAAACCUGUCUCAAUGCUCCAAACUAAAGGUCUUGGCUUUAAGUUCCAACAGGUUUAGUGGGCCAAUACCUAAAGAGCUUGGGAACUCAAAAUCCAUUGAGGAAUUGUAUCUUGGUGCCAACAUGCUCACAGGUUCAAUUCCAGAAGAAUUGGGCAAUAUAACUACCUUGAAGGUAUUGUUCUUGGGAAUGAGUCAGCUUGUGGGGUCAAUACCACUCAAAAUCUUCUACAAUAUUCCCACAUUAUCUUACAUACACAUAGGUAGUAGUAACCUAUCCGGCACACUGCCAAAAGAUAUAUGCUCUUACAAUCAAGGAAUUCAAGAAAUCAUUCUUCAAGAUAAUGAUUUAUCUGGCGAUAUCCCUGAAAGAAUAUAUGAAUGCUCAUCACUUCGGAGGUUACAUUUAGACCAAAACAAAUUUUAUGGAUCUAUUCCAAAAGGGAUUGGGAACUUAACCACACUUGAGUAUUUUGCUGUUAGCAUCAAUCAAUUCACAGGUUCAAUUCCAGAAGAAAUUGGCUACCUGAAAAACUUAAAGGAGUUGGGACUAAGUGGUAAUUACUUAACCGGGGCUAUUCCGACAAGCCUACUGAACAUCUCAACGUUAACAUUUUUGGCACUCAGCGAGAAUCAAUUAUCAGGGAAUCUUCCACCAGACUUGGGCCACAAACUGCCCAAUCUUGAAUGGCUUGAUCUUUAUUCAAAUAACCUAACCAGUGAGUCGCCAAACAUGGAUUUCAUAUCUUCAUUGAUGAACUGUACAAAGCUUACAACACUUAGGAUCAGCUCACUGCCACUGAAUGGAAGGCUCCCAAAUUCCAUCGGUACCCUUUCUGCCCUCCAAAAUCUCCUUGCUUCGGAUUGUGGUUUCACAGGCACCAUCCCUGAUGAAAUUGGUAACCUGGAAAACCUAAUUUUACUGGCCCUUCAAGGGAAUAGAUUUUCUGGAUCACUUCCGGGGACUUUGGCUGCCAUGGUUAAUAUGCAAGGAUUCUAUCUCCAUAGUAAUAAUUUGACAGGGACGAUUCCUGACGCCAUUUGUGGAAUGCAGAAGCUGUACACAGUAUAUCUGAGUGUGAACCAUUUUCAUGGUGGGAUUCCAGAAUGUCUUGGAAGAGUUACCACUUUGAGGUCACUGUUUUUAGAUCGAAACAGUCUGAACCUAACGAUUCCGGAAAGCUUGUGGGGUUUAAAAGAUCUUAUACAGUUGGAUUUGUCCUCAAACUCCUUGACAGGCUCUCUUUCAUCGAAUGUUGAAAAGCUCAAAGUUGCUAAUUAUAUCAGUCUUGAAAAUAAUCAACUCUCGGGAACCAUCCCUGCUCGGAUAGGAGGGCUGCAGAGUUUAGUAACCCUUUAUUUAGGACACAACAUGUUUCGUGGAGACAUCCCAGAGACGAUGUCGGAAAUGGUGAGCUUAGAGUAUUUGGACUUAUCUAACAAUACUCUUUCCGGCUCCAUUUCAAUGUCGAUGCAAAAUCUAGUGCAUCUGAGCUACUUCAAUGUCUCUUUCAAUGGUUUGAGUGGUGAAAUUCCUUCUGAUGGCCCGUUUAGAAACUUCACCAGAGAAUCUUUCUUGUUUAACCAACAUUUAUGCGGUGAUCGAAGAUUCGAUGUCCCUCCCUGCAAUUCGACUAAAGCUAAGAAAAACAGACUACCAAAGAGAUUCCCAAUUUUCGCAUUCUUCAUCUUCGGGGCUUCUGUGAUAGUUCUUGCAAUGGCAUUAGCAUAUGCAUAUUACAGAUUUAAACAUAAGAACAACGCUGUCAGUAGCUCGAAUCAAUCGUCCCUUGGCAGUUCAAUCUGUAGAUUUUCUUACCAAGAACUUGUCGUGGCAACAGAGGAUUUCAGCGACGUUAAUCUCCUAGGAAGUGGAAGUUUCGGGCGUGUCUACAAUGGCAGCCUCGGAAAUGGAAAGACCGUGGCGGUAAAGGUGUUCAAUCCACUCUUACAAGGCGGAUUCUCGAGCUUCGACACUGAGUGUGAAGUUCUGAGGAAUCUCCGACACAGGAAUCUCUGCAAAGUCCUCGGUUCUUGCUCGAGCCAUGACUUUAAGGCAUUAGUCCUCGAGUAUAUGCCGUGCGGAAGCCUUGAGCGAUGGAUGUAUUCGCACAACUAUUGCUUAAACAUCGCAGAGAGACUCGACAUCAUGAUCGAUGUAGCUUCGGCUUUGGAAUAUCUUCACAACGGCUAUUCAACGCCCGUCGUUCAUUGCGACUUGAAGCCUAUGAACAUAUUGCUCGAUCAAGACAUGGUUGCGCAUUUGUGCGAUUUUGGCAUUGCGAAGCUUCUAGGCAAUGCAAAAAGCUUCGUGCAAACUACGACGACGUUAGGCACGUUUGGCUACAUUGCACCGGAGGUCGGCAGCCGUGGACUUGUGUCGACGAGGUGCGAUGUUUACAGCUACGGCAUUGUGUUGAUGGAAGUUUUUACGAGAAGGAAGCCUAUGGAUCAUCCUUUUGGUGAGGGUUUGAACAUGAGGGAUUGGAUAAGAGAUUCGAUUCGUGAUGGAGAUAUUGAGGAGAUUGUAGAUUCGAAUCUGUUGUUGACAUAUGGAGAAUCUUGUAAUGAGAAUGUGAAAUCAUGUGUUUGUGGUGUAAUGGAAUUGGGCUUGAGCUGCACCAUGGAAUCUCCCAACGAGAGGAUCGACAUGAGAGAGGCUGUCACAACCUUGAACAAGAUCAGGACUCAAUUCACUGCCAGCAUAUCUAAUUAAGACAUACAUACCUUAAUAGUUUGGGUAGUGUGUCUUUGUCUUCUUGCCAAACUUAAUCUGUAUGCUAUUAAAUUCG